CCAACAAUGGAGAACUCCAACCCAUCAACUAGCCGGAAACGCCAACGGCCCGGACCCGAACCCGGGCCCGAACCCGGGCCUGAAUCGGACCUCAACGAAGCUCAAUUACAAUCAGUGGAGGAAAAUUUCAAUUUCAGUGAUACACUUGUUGCUCUUCGCAUGAUGCGUGCUCAGUUUCCUCGUAUCGAAAAGGUUUCAAUUCCGCCUUUCAUUUUGCGGUCACAGUUAUACAGCAGUGUAAAGGACCGGACGCAAGUGGACAGGGAGUUGGAGUAUAUCUGCGCCUCACAGUCUCUAAGGAGGGAAGGAGUUCUAUGUACUUUCAAAUUAAACACUGGACAGGAUGAUCAUGCUAUAAUGUUUUUGGAUGACUACUUUAGUCAGAUUGAACGUAUCAGUAAAAGAUUGGAAGCACAGAAGCUAGAAGGACUUUGUGUUUUUGAAUGGUUCAAGGAGCAUGUAAUUCAUUCAAAGCUAGAUCCAAGUAUUGGACAUGACGAACUUCGUUCACUUCUGUCAUUGGGAGGCAAGGUGAAGGAGGAACACAUCUCCCUCUUAAUAAAUGCUGGACUUCUGACUCGACAACUUAUUGAUCCGAACAUGUACUGGUUUGCGAUUCCAAAUAUUGGAUCAGUUCUCAAGGGCCUCUCACAGGGAAGAAAGGAGCUUAUGUCUUUUCUCAACCGUAGAAAGUACAAAGAGAUGGCGAUGGCUGCUCUGGAAAAGAAGCGCCUUAGACUCUCUCCACUCGAUAUGAGAUUUCAUCUCAGAGAUUUGCUAGGAUCCGGCCACCUCAAAACUGUCGAGGCUCCCACAGGUUUACUCGUUAAGGUCGUGAAGGAUUAACUUAAUUCUGAUUAGACAAAACUUUCUCCGCAAUGCUAUAUUAACAAGAGCUCAGAUUUCACGCGGUGAAACUGGAUAACAUAGCAUUUGCGUGUGAAUCUAGCUUAUAUACAUUGUUAGUGUACGAUAGUUGAACUCCAUAUAGAUUUUAGUACGGUAAUUUCUUCUUUACUGUAACUGAAACGUAUGCCCCUGGCAGAAAUGCAAGGUAAGGUUGCGUACAAUACACCCUUGUGGUGGGGCCCUUCCCUGGACAUCGCAUAUGGCGGUAGCUUUAGUGCACCGGGCUGCCCUGUAGCUGAAACGUAAACUUUUUGCUUCAAACAUCUUGAUAUAGUCGUAAUUUUACUCUACCCUGGGCUGAUUCUUGUCAAGCUGUUAUCGAUCAUCGAUCACGAGUGUAUUUGUCAUUGUAUUUCUGAACUUGUGUUUCAAUUCCUAUCCACAAAAUUUGCUAUUGUUCUUUCA